GCUUGCAUCGAUUGCAAUAAGUUCGGCAGUUUUAUUGUGAGGCUCGUGAGGAUCGCAUGUUCGAGAUAUUGGCAAUCAGAUCGAUUGAAUGAUUCGAUGAGUACUAUAGUUUUUCAUUCUGGCAACGUGAUAAUAUAAGGCAGACGCUGUGGAGCUGCAAAGAGAGAAAACACUUGAAUUCCUGCGAAUUUUGACAUUCGUUUUGCUGUUCUUAAUCAUAUCCCUAUAUCUAUAUCGUUUCGCAUUCUAAACGCCUAAGGAUUGGGCGUGUGAAGAAGCGAGACAGGUGAUCGGAGGCAGGAGGGAGGAGAAACUCGAGUUCUAGCGAGAAUAUGCCCAAAUUACCAGCAGUUGGCAUUGAUCUUGGUACAACAUAUUCGUGUGUCGGGGUCUUUCAGCAUGGCAAAGUUGAGAUCAUUGCCAACGAUCAGGGCAAUCGGACCACGCCCAGCUAUGUCGCCUUUACGGAGUCGGAGCGUCUUAUUGGCGAUGCGGCCAAAAACCAAGUGGCCAUGAAUCCGAAUAACACAAUUUUCGAUGCUAAACGUUUGAUUGGACGCAAAUACGAUGAUGCGACGGUGCAGAGCGAUCUUAAGCACUGGCCCUUUGAGGUCAUCUCGGAGAAUGGCAAGCCUCGGAUUCGUGUGGAGUUCAAGGGCGAGAAGAAGAGCUUCUACCCAGAGGAAGUCUCCUCGAUGGUGCUCACCAAAAUGAAGGAGACCGCCGAGGCAUAUCUGGGUGGCGUUGUCACCGAUGCCGUUGUCACGGUUCCCGCCUAUUUCAAUGACUCGCAGCGCCAGGCGACCAAAGAUGCGGGCGCCAUUGCCGGACUCAAUGUGCUGCGCAUCAUCAACGAACCGACAGCGGCAGCCAUUGCCUAUGGUCUGGACAAGCACGACAGCAGCAAGGGGGAGCGUAAUGUGCUCAUUUUUGAUUUGGGCGGCGGCACUUUCGAUGUCUCGGUGCUCACCAUUGAGGAUGGCAUCUUUGAGGUGAAGGCCACCGCCGGAGACACGCAUCUGGGCGGUGAAGACAUCGACAAUCGUAUGGUGAAUCAUUUUGUGCAGGAAUUCCAGCGAAAGCACAAGCGAGAUCUCACCCAGAACAAGCGGGCAGUGCGUCGUCUGCGCACCGCCUGUGAGCGUGCCAAGCGGACAUUGUCCUCAUCCACCCAAGCGACCAUCGAGAUUGAUUCACUGUUCGAGGGCAUUGACUUCUAUACGUCGGUGACGCGUGCUCGCUUCGAGGAGCUCAACGGGGAUCUCUUUCGCGGCACAAUGGAGCCGGUGGCGAAGGCGUUGCGUGAUGCCAAAAUGGACAAGGGUCAAAUCCAUGAUAUUGUGCUGGUUGGCGGCUCUACGAGAAUACCCAAGGUGCAGCGAUUGCUGCAGGACUUCUUCAACGGUAAGGAGCUGAACAAGUCCAUUAAUCCCGACGAGGCGGUGGCCUAUGGCGCUGCUGUUCAGGCUGCUAUUCUGCAUGGCGACACCUCGGAAGCUGUGCAGGAUCUGCUGCUGCUGGAUGUGACUCCACUGUCGCUGGGUAUUGAGACAGCUGGCGGGGUGAUGACAACGCUGAUCAAACGUAACUCCACCAUACCUACCAAGCAGACGCAGAUCUUUACCACGUAUGCUGACAAUCAGCCCGGUGUGCUCAUCCAGGUGUUUGAGGGUGAACGUGCCAUGACCAAGGAUAACAAUAUUUUGGGCAAGUUUGAGUUGUCCGCUAUUCCGCCGGCUCCGCGUGGCGUGCCCCAAAUCGAGGUAACCUUUGACAUCGAUGCGAAUGGCAUUUUGAAUGUGAGUGCAGCGGAGAAGUCAACAGGCAAGGUGAACAGGAUUACGAUCACCAAUGACAAGGGUCGUCUGUCGAAGGAGGACAUUGAACGCAUGGUCAACGAGGCGGAAUCGUAUCGCCAGGCGGAUGAACAGCAGCGUCAUCGCAUCGAUGCCAAGAAUCAAUUGGAAUCCUAUUGCUUUCACAUGCGUUCCAUGCUCGAUGACGAGCAGCUGCGCAGCCGCAUCAGCGACUCGGAUCGCAACACCAUUCUGCAGAAGUGCAACGAGACCAUCAACUGGUUAGAUAACAAUCAGCUGGCCGAGCAGCAAGAGUUCGAGCACAAACAGCAGGAACUGGAGGCUAUCUGCAAUCCCAUUGUGAACAGACUCUAUCAAAGUGCUGGCAUGUCAGCGCCCUCGGCUCCAAACGGCGCCAAUGGUGGCUCAGGAGCAGGCGGUGGCGGUGGUCCAACCAUCGAAGAGGUCGACUAGAUAUCGUCUUUGCUUCUACAAAAUUCUCAAGUUGUUAUUUUCAAUAAAA